AUGUGCAUCGCACUCAUAUCCACAGCGCACCCUUCGUACCGCCUGAUCCUGAUCGACAAUCGGGACGAAUACCUCAACCGGCCCACCGACCCGGCGAAAUGGUGGCCAGCGCCGCAUACGAACGUCUUCGGCGGUCGGGACAUGCAGCGCGAAGUGCGUGGGACGUGGUGCGGAGUCACCAAAGGCGGCAAGAUCGCAGUCCUGACGAACUACCGCGAAGACACGAUGCCACCACCCUCCGCCAUCAGCCGGGGAGCAAUCAUCAAGCAUUUCCUGACCGAAGACGGUGGUUCGGUAGAGCACUUCGUCGAGAAUGUUGUCAAGACAGGGAUCGGCAAGGAUGCGGGAGGAUUCAGCCUCGUGUGCGGCAACAUCGGCGAGAAGCUGGCCGUGAUCUCCAACCGAGUCGAAACCCAGAGUCAAGUCCCUUGGAUUGCCGGCGACGUCGUGCAAACCGUGGGCCUGAGCAACUCGGCCUUUUCCGACCGUAGCUGGAAGAAAGUCUUGUUGGGCGAAGAGCUCAUGCUCAACACCAUCCGCUACUCGGUGGAGAACAACGACACGGAAGAGCAGCUGGUCCAAAGAUUCCUCGCUCUGCUGUGUCACGACACCCUUCCACGCGAGGGCAGGGCCGAAGAUGACGGUCUCGAAGCAUACAUUCAGGAUCUGCGCGAGACGAUACUUGUCCCACCGCUUGGACGGAAGGACCUGACCGGUCUCACAGACGACAAACUACGCGCCGCCAGACUGCAUGAGAAAGUGGAGGUCAUGGGAGAAAUCGAUGUCCUGGGCUACAACACGCCAGCGCGCGAUCCAAGCCCUGCCAAGAAUCAACAGGCAACCGCUCAGCCGUUGGGUGUCAGUGGGCUGUAUGGCACUCAAAAGCAAACAAUCGUUCUGGCCGACAACAGUGGAAACGUCCGAUUUUUCGAGAGAACACUGUUUGACGAGCACUCCAAUCCCAUCCCUGCCGGAAAGGGUGAUGUCGACGUGACUUUCAAGAUCGAGAAGACUUGA